AAGGUUUAUGCUGAUAAAAGUCUGUAUAAAAGGCAUCAGCGCUGCAGAACUUUCCUUUCAAACAAGAUGUGGAGCUUGGUCUUCUCUGUUCUGCUGGUAUCUGGAGCCUAUGGAUGUGGGGUUCCCACUUAUGCUCCAUCUGCACGAGUGGUGAAUGGAGAAGAUGCCAAACCCUACAGUUGGCCUUGGCAAGUCUCACUGCAGAUUCUGAAAGACGGGGUAUUUGCUCACAAUUGUGGGGGGACCCUCGUUGCUGACAGAUGGCUUCUGACUGCCGCCCAUUGUAUCAACUUCUCUCGGACCAAUCGGGUGGUGGUGGGUGAGUUUGACCUUGAGAAGGAGGAAGGAGCGGAGCAGAUCUUUCCUGUUCCUGCAGAGGACAUGUUUGUGCACCCGUCAUGGAACCCCAGUUGUGUCGCAUGUGGGAACGACAUUGCCCUGGUCAGAUUGUCUCACCCUGUGCAGAUAAGUGAUAAGGUUCAGCUAAGCUGCCUCCCCCCCGCCGGGGAACUGCUCCCCAACAAUUACCCCUGUUAUGCCAGCGGCUGGGGGCGGCUUUACACUGGGGGGCCCAUUCCUGAUGUCCUCCAGCAGGCGCUGCUCCCAGUUGUGGAUUACGCUCACUGUUCGCAGAGUGACUGGUGGGGUCAGACAGUGAAACAAAACAUGGUCUGCGCUGGAGGAGACAUUCGCUCUGUGUGUAAUGGUGACUCUGGGGGACCCCUCAACUGUCAGGCGGCUGACGGCCGGUGGUAUGUCCAUGGGGUGACCAGCUUUGUGUCUGGCUAUGGGUGUAACACGCUCAAGAAGCCCAGUGUGUUCACUCGAGUGUCGGCUUUUAACUCGUGGAUCCAGCAAACAAUCAGGGAGAAUUCUGUGUUCCAGUAGAUCCUUCCCGGGAAUCUUCAGCUACAAAGCACCGGAAUCUCUUCUAUUGGUCUUGGUUCUGAUUCUCCUGCUGCAGAUCCAAUAAAUCCUCAGAGAUCCA